AUGGAUGAGAAAGUUACUGAAUGGUUGAAGGUGUUGUCUAGGGGACCAAAUGAUAUUGUUAGAAGGUAUUCUGGUUAUGUUAUUAAUGGAUACAGAAAUGCGAAGGAUGAAAAUCCCAAAAAGAUUUGUGUGACUUACUAUGGGGAAAUAAAAGAUAUUAUAGAGUUAGAUUAUUAUGGUCAUGAAAAAUAUGUAUUGUUCAAAUGUGAUUGGUUUAUGGAUGAAAAGGAUAAAUAUGGAUCUCCGUUGGUUUACUUUAACAAAAAAUGCUACAAAAAUGAUCCAUUUGUGUUGGCAUCUCAAGUUCAACAAUGCUUCUUUAUUGAAGAUCCUUUAAACAAAAACAAACACUAUGUUCUAAAUGCACUUCCAAGGGAAUCAUUUGACAUGGGAGAAUCUUUAAGUACAGAUGCCCAAGAAUAUGAUAUUUCAACAAAUCUUAAUACAUUAAGGGAUGAUUGUGAAGUGGAUUUGGUUAGGAAAGAUUUUCCGGAUGAUAUCUUUGAAAUUCCUUUGUCAGAACUUCACAACCAAAAAGCAAUAGAGAGUGAUCAUAGUGACACGAGUUAUGGAAGUGACGAUGAAACCGAUUAUGAUUCUAGUACUGAUUAG